AUGCCGGUCUUCUGUGAGUACUUCAAGGAGCUGGAGGAGGAGAGCAUCCGCGACAACUUCGUCAUCAUCUACGAGCUCCUGGACGAGCUGAUGGACUUUGGCUUCCCGCAGACCACGGACAGCAAGAUCCUGCAGGAGUACAUCACGCAGGAGGGUAACAAGCUGGAGACAGGCAAAUCCCGCGUCCCCACCACGGUCACCAACGCCGUGUCCUGGCGCUCCGAGGGCAUCAAGUACAAGAAGAACGAGGUCUUCAUCGACGUCAUUGAGUCGGUGAACCUGCUGGUGAGCGCCAACGGCAGCGUGCUGCUGAGCGAGGUGGUGGGCACCAUCAAGCUGAAGGUCUUCCUCUCGGGGAUGCCCGAGCUGCGCCUGGGCUUGAAUGACCGUGUCCUCUUCGAGCUGACGGGGCGAGGCAAGAACAAGUCGGUGGAGCUGGAGGACGUGAAGUUCCACCAGUGCGUCCGGCUCUCCCGCUUCGACAACGACCGCACCAUCUCUUUCAUCCCCCCCGAUGGAGACUUCGAGCUCAUGUCCUACCGCCUCAACACCCAGGUGAAGCCGCUCAUCUGGAUCGAGUCAGUCAUUGAGAAGUUCUCCCACAGCCGGGUGGAAAUCAUGGUCAAGGUCAGCCAAGGUCAACGGUGGAGCCUGGCGGUGACCCCCGUGACCCCGGGGAUGGGGUGA